AAGAGCAAGAUUGUGGGAGGGUCGCAUGUCGUUUUUGUCUUCUGGCGCUUUUCCUUCCGUAUAUUUUCAUUUUUAUUUUCUUUAAUUUAUUUUUUGUAUGUGCUUCAUUUCAUCGUAGUUGUCCUUCGCGCUAAAGUAAAAUUAAAAUUAAUUAAAUUAUUGAAAAAAAAUUUCCACAGCGAUUGUGUGAGAAAGUGAAUUGCAGCUGGUGACAGUGUUUAUUUGUUUUCGUGAAAAUUGGAAAUACCUACAAAAAAAAAAUGUCAGUGACAAUUUGCUACAAAUUUCCUAUGAAUCUUUAAGGAAUUCUACUCAAAAUGUAAUUUAACAAAAAAAUAACAAAAAAAAGUUGAAACACAAAAAGACCAAAUAGAAAAACAACGAGCCAAAAAAUACUUAUAAUAUAAAUCGAGGCAACAACAAAAACAACAACAACAACGAAGUCUAUAGAGCCUCUGGAAGCCACCAGUUCAGCUCUCCUUCACGUCAACCAACAACAACAACUUAUACCUACUUUGUGUAAAAAUCUUUGAAUGCUGAAUUAAUUUGCGCUCAACCAGUUUUUAUAGUGUAUACGAGCAAAAAGUAAUAAAAUAAUAGAUUUUUUCUUUGGAAACGACCACGACGACAGGUGCAUUCUACAAUAGAGCGUACACGGGUCUUUAAGUAACCAAACAAUUCGUCGUUGUUUGGUCGAUGAUUUCCUUUGACUUUGAAUACUUUAUUGAAUUUUUCAGAAAACAGACAAAAUAUAAAAACGUUGCAUUGCACUGCUCUGCUCGAUGCAAAUUUAAUAAAAACAUUUUUGUGAGAAAUAAGAAAAUAGUAUUUUUGUUAUUUUCUUCUCUGAAGCCAAGAAAAACGUUAAACGUUUCAAAUAAAAAUGUUUGGCCAUGAAAAAUUAAUGAUGAAUGGAAAUGGUUCGUUGAGUACUGCAGGAGUUGUUGGAGUCAACACACAAGCGACAUUGCCGUCGCCGCCGGUGCUGACAACAUCGGUGACCACAUCUGCUUCGACAUCUUCUGUAUCUGCUGCUGCAAUAGCAGCAGCAGUUAGUGCAGUAACAACGCCAGUGGGAGCAUCAAAUAGUUCCGCUCCAGCUGGAAUUAGCAAUGGAAUGAAUGGGACGAACCAGAAUGCAAAUAAUCAUCGUGGUCUUGAUAGUAACAAACGUAGAAAAUCUAAAAGUCGGAACACAACCGUCCCAAAUACGUCCACAUAUUCGAGAGAACAUCUAAAUGCAUGGCUAGAAACGUGCCUCAAAGAUGCAAGCUCAACUCAAUUGUCUUCAUCGUCAGAGUUUCUCGAUUAUAAUCCAUCAAAAAGUUUCCAAUCGAACAAGAAGCCCCCGAUGCAUCAACAACAACCCCAACAGCAACACCAACAAAAUCAAUUUAAACAACAAUUUCAUCAACAAUUCAAACAACAACAACAAAAACAACAAUUUCAACAAUUAUUUGAUCUUCCCAGACCUCCCUCAUAUUCAAAUGCAUUCAAUCCGGCCUUUCAAAUGAAUAAUCCUUAUGCAUUCAAUCCAAUAAAUCAUCUAUUACAACACACUGAUGGUUCAGUCGAAUUCGCCAGUCUUCCGCCAAUUGUAAACAUCCUGGGAUCAGAGAAUGAAAAUAAUUCAACAGAUGUCCUUGAUGGUAGCAGCAGUAAUCCAAACAUGAGUAGAGGUUUCAGAUUCAGUGAUCCAUGUUUACUUAAUCCGUCCGAUAAUGAUUCCAAAGUAAGUGGCCAAAAUACACCAGAUCGCAGGAACUAUCCAAAUCAAGGAGGCGAUAUGGAUAACAAUAAUAAUAAAUUCUUUGCAGCAUUAAUGGAACAAAUUAAUAUGUUGCAUGAAACAAAUUCAAAAAUAUGUCGAAAUCUUCAUGAGACAAAAGUUGAAAUUGAAGCUUUAAAACACGCACCUAAUUGGGGUUUGAGACACCGUAGAGAUAGCUUGAGUGGACUAAGCACACACAGCCAACCUCUGGGUUUCGGCUUUGGCACACAAAGUCCAGCGCCAACGUAUCACUCAGGUGCAUACACACCUGGCAUGAUGACGGAUGUUGUUAGAGAAGUCAAAGAAUCAGCUAGGGUUAGAGAAGAUGCUUUAUUAAGCAGGGUAAAAUCAAUGGUCGAGGAACGUUCUUGGUCAAUGGGUGAAGAAAAUCUUCGUAUGCUACGAGACAUUGAAGAUUUAAAGUCACAAGUUCAAAAUCUCAAAGCUGACAGUAAGGAAACCAACAAACGGAUGGUACGCUUGGAAACCGACAACAAGUACAUGCGUCAAAUGUUAGCUACCAUUCUUAACAAACGCAUCCCUGACAUAAUUUAUGAUAAAGAUGCUCCGCGGCCGACAGGGCCGCGUAAGAGUUUUCCAGAUAUGCGUCAGCCCAAACGUGCCAAUAGCUUGAAUCUUCACUAUGGAGUUAUUCAUCAAGCAACCGAAGAAGAGGAACCAAUGAAUUCGUUGCAUAUUGCCGAGCAAGGAACUGUCGGAGUAAAUUCAUUGAAUUCAAUGGAAUCAUCAGAUCAAAGGCAUUCGUUUUCCAGUUCGGAUGGUCAAACUUCGAUUGUGAAUUCGACUACGAAAAAUAAUGGUUGGCCUGAGGAGAGAUCGUCGAUAAAAAGAGUCCCAAAACAACAACAACAACAACCAGCAGCUGUUGUUGGUAAAGAUACACUUGAACUUCAAAAGGAACUGCAGGAAGCUAUAGCUGCUCGGAAACAAGCCGACAAUCGUAUUAUCGCUCUGGAGAAUAUGGUUAAGAAGCUUCAAGUGAAAUUCCCAAAUGGUGGGGAUGAACAGAUGAUUGCCACAACACCUGGUGGUAGUAAAAAUGGUGGUGGUAAUGGUUGCAAUACUUCGGCUGCUGCUCCUGCUUACAGCAGUUUUUUAUUAUCAUCAACUUCAUCAUCAUCGCCGGCACCCAAAUCAAAUUCAGCAACAAAUACCGCACCAACAACAGCAUUAGUUUCAUCUUCUGCGUCACAAAUUUUUCAAUUAAAUAGCUCAAACCAAAUGCAACUUCAGCAACAACAGCAAUAUCAGCAGCAACAACAACAUCUACAACAACAACAACAACAGAAUAAUCAUCUACCACCAAAAUUGAGCUUGGCUGGUCCAAUCACUGAUUUAUAGUUCUAGCAACCACAGAGUAAUGAGAACAAUUUAAAUGACACUACUACUGUAGGCAGGCAGCAGUUGUUGUUGUUACACAAAAUACUUUUGUUUAUUUAUUUUUUAUUAUUAUUAAUUGUUUUUCUUAGUUUAACUGUAAUUGUAGUUGUAAUUCUAAUAUUUGUUAUUCCUUAUGCAACAGCUGUCUCAAAUGGCUUAGAUAUUUUCAAGUUUUAUUAUUUAUUGCUAAUUUCAAAAUGGAAUGAGUUUAUUAGAUGGGAGGAAGAAGAGUUUAAGAAUUAUUGAAUGAAACGCGAAUUUUACUGUAAAUCUCAGGUUAACUUAACUUUUUUGAAUUAUGUAUUUUAUUACAUUAGCUUAGUUUCAUCUUCUGCCUUUUAAAAAUGUUAUCAACGGUUUUUAAGAAAUUUCAAUAUUCUCUUAGCAUUGGUCAUUUUGCUUGUGAUCAUUCAGGUUGUGUAGUAAUUACAUUUCUUCUCCUCAGGCGUGAGAUUUCUAGUAUGUCUAUAAUGCUUUAUUCUGUAGCAGUUUCAAUCUUCAAUCUCAAAUGUUUCAUGUAUGUAAAAAUUAAAAAGAAUUAGUGUUUUUGCAAGUAUUUUUGGAUAUUUAGGUAAAACAAUUCAUUCAAAUCUCUAUUUGGAGCAAAUGUGAGUUAGCUUGUUAAAUUUUGCGUAUUUAUAGCUCACUUUUGCCUCCAAAACAUUUUUAAGCCAGCACACAGUUGAAAAUAAUCAGAGUUUUGGAUUGGAUCGAAUUGUCCCAUGAAAAACUUUAAAUAAAAAAUUGAUCAUAAACCGUUUUUUUUUUUUAUGAAAAAUAAAAAUUCUCAAUAUAUUCAAACUAUUGUGGGUCAUAUUGACCCCUCGCCGAGUUAGAUAUACCAUAUCCAAAAAUACUGAUCACUUACAAACAAUUGAUCUGUACUAUUGGUCUAAGAUUAUUUUAUUUAAGAGUUACAUUGUGCUCCACCUUCUUUUGUGACACAAUGACUUUUUUGCACACAAGUUUAUAGAAAAUACUUUCAUAACUUGUUUUCUAGUUGGUAGUUCUAGUUCUAACUUUAAAACAAACCUCAUUUCAAGAAGGUUUUUGAAUUUUGUUCACCGUGUUCCUUGGGUUUAAGAAAAAAGUGAAUCAAUGAGGCAUUCUAACAGAUUUCAAAGUAAUAAACUAAAAAUAAAUUGUUUAAAUUAGAAACAAAAAUGAAGGAACGUAUCAUGUUUCAUCAUUUUUCGGUUUGGCUUUCGACUGCCGUCGGAUUAAUUUCAUUCGGUUUGAACUCGGGCCGGUUUAAAUUCCAAUUUCUUAACAGGAUGAACUUUUUCUUUUGACGUUGAUUUAAUUUUUAUACCUUCUUGAAGAAAAAUUAAACCAUUUUCAAUGGCUAAUUGAUAUUUUGAAUAUCAAUAAAGUUCUUUUUUAAGAUCCAGAUUUAUGCAUGUCACGUUCCGGAUAGAUUUACACAUUAAAUUUAAACUUAACUUUGCAAAUCUUUGGAAUAAAGGAAUCUACUUGAUGAAAAUUUAAAGUCAAAAUGUUAAGAAUUAUAUUGGCAUACCAAUAAAUGGUAUUAUUAAAGCCAUUGGCUUCUAAGUAGGCUUAUUCAAGUUAUCUCUAAAGCCAAAUUUUAGCUUAAGCUCGAUUCAUAAAAAUUUUGAUUCUCAAUCAAUUCCUCUUAUCUUUAAACUCUUAUCCAAUUAAUAAAAUAAAAUCAAACAAAAAAAAAAUAUAAAACCGGUUGAGUCCAGUUUAAUCCAAACAGAUUGUAAUGUAAAAAUUUGUUAACUAACAAUUACAACUGUUUUGAGUCUCGAGGUAGGUACAACUGAAAGACACUGAUGUCUUACAAUCUUGUACUUGGAGUUAUUGUAGACAAAAAAGAAAAUAGUGCUAGAAAAAUAUAAAUCCUAGCGUACAUGGUAGCUUUAACCUUUCCAUGUUUUUGGAUUAAACUGAGAAUCACCCUGUAACAAGCUUAACUUUAUUUUUUUUUAUUUUACUAGUUUAUUAGUAGCUUUUAUAUUUCUCACACACCUUUUUUUAUUAGCCUUAAAGUUGUCAGAAAAAUUGGUUUUUUUAACAGCUUUAUUUUGCUAGAAACUAAUAUUACUCACCAGGAAAAAGAUUAUACAAAAGACAAAUAUAAAAUUGAUGUUGAACAGAUUCUGGUGGUAAUAUCUUUAAGCGGAAUAGGGCUGGGUUUUGUAUUUAAAAUAUACAAUUAUUAUAAAGUGCGCUUUCUUUUAAAACCAAUUUAUUAUUAUUUUUUUAAACUAACAAAAACACAAUGCAACAUUUCUCGAAUUAAUAACUUGUGGCUUGUUAAAACAAAAAAAAUAUUAUUAUUUUACUUUGUAUUCCAUUUCACACAUAUUGCAUUCGUUUGUCGUUAUUUUUCUUUUUUUGUAACGUUUUGUUUAGUCACUUUGUUACUAAUAACUUGUGUUAUUUUAUGAUAUUUAAAAAUAAAAGUACCUAAAAUAGAAAAUACAAAAUUUGAUGAAAUACAAAAAAAAAAACAAA